UCCCUCCCAUUUGGCUCCCCAGUUCACAAAAGAGCAGAGAGAGAGAGAGACUUACUCUGAGCAAAUGGCGUCCUCAACUCCGGCCGUGUCAAUGGUGAUGGCGUCACUUCCCCAGACCAGGAGCACGACCGCGACCAUGGCCUUCCUCAAACCGUUGCCGGCAAGGCUCACCAGGGCGGCGAAGGUGGGAUCCUCCGGCGGUGCGAGGAGGCUGGAAGUGAGGGCGGCGGCUUCGAAGAUGAAGAUGGAGAAGGCGGUCAGUGGCCUAGCCGCGGCGGCUCUCACGGCCUCUAUGGUGAUCCCAGAGGUGGCAGAGGCCGCCGGAUCAGAUGUCUCUCCUUCCCUCAAGAACUUCUUGCUCAGUAUUGCCGCCGGCGGCGUCGUCGUCACCGCCAUCAUCGGCGCCAUCGUCGGCGUCUCCAACUUCGAUCCUGUCAAGAGAAGCUGAGUGAGAUCGAAACAGAGAGAGUUUACCGUUAUUUGUUGUCUCGUCCUGAUUUAAUGUUUCAGCAAUGAACGAACUCAUUCACUCUUGCGUUC